AUGAUGUCAAGUGUCAUAUUUAGGGCAGGUCUAGCCAGCUGGGCUGUGUAUGCUCCAUUAAGAGGUACACUUUUCAGACACAAUUUAGUUGUUUGUUCUAGAUUGAAAACUGGAAUAACCCCCAGAAGAGCAUUUGCGACAUCGGGAACUAGAUUUGUUAAUUCGACAGCAGGCUCGUCUCCAACUCCAACCCCAAAUACAAAAAAACUCACCGUCUGGGAAAAGGUGAAGCACGAAGCCCAUCAUUAUUGGGACGGAACCAAGUUAUUAGGACUAGAGGUCAAGAUCUCCAGUAAGCUAUUGAUCAAAAUGGCCUCUGGUUACGAGUUGACUAGAAGAGAGUACAAACAACUUCAGAGAACUACAAAUGACAUUUUCAGAUUAUUUCCAUUUGCAGUUUUUGUUCUGGUACCUUUUGCUGAACUUUUGUUACCGGUGGCUUUGAAGCUUUUUCCAAAUAUGCUGCCUUCCACAUACGAGUCUAAGCCGGAGAAGGAAAAGAAGUUGAAAAUUCUCAGGAAAACUAGGGCGAAAGUCGGCGAGGUAUUGAGAAACAGUAGAUCCAACAUCAAACUGCCAAGUACCGUGACGCCAGAACAAAGAGCGGAUUUCAAAGACUUUUACAGCAAGAUUAGGUCUUCUUCGAAAGAGGAGAUUUCCCAUGAACAGCUUAUUCGGGUUGCAAGAUUGUUCAAAGAUGAUCUUGUUUUAGACAAUGUUUCCAGAUCUGUUUUAGUCGCAAUGGCAAAAUACAUAAAUAUGAAGCCCUUUGGGUCAGACCAGAUCUUGAGAUAUAGAAUCAGACACAAGAUGCUCAAGAUCAAAAACGACGACAAGCUGAUCAUGUAUGAGCAUGUCGAGUCUCUGUCUGUUCAAGAGCUUCAGAUGGCCUGCGCUUCGCGUGGUAUCAAGGUCCAUGGAGUUGCUCCUGAGGAUCUGAGAGACCAUUUGAAGAACUGGUUACACAUGAGAUUAAGAGAAAAGAUUCCUUCAACUCUCCUCUUACUUUCAAAUGCAUACACUUAUGGUGACGUGACGUACUACGACAAUCAAUAUGCAGCGCUGGAAGCAGUUUUGAGUUCGUUACCAGAAGAAAUCUACCAUGAGACAGAGCUUGAGGUUGACGAUGAAAACAUUACUCACCAACAGAGACUCAAUGUGGUCAAGGAGCAGGAGCAACUCAUCAAGGAUGAGGUCAGCCAGGAGAGAGAAAGAGUUGUUAUUGUCAAGGAUAAGUUGAGUUUGGAUGAACCAGACCGUGAAGACGAACCUGUACAUAAUGAGAAGGAGAAGGCAUCUGCAUGA